GGCCUCAAUCACCACGAGUGGCACCGUAUUUCAGCUCUCUUUCCCGCUCUCUUUGACGACUGUCCAUUGCCAAGGUCUUCACCCGCUGUCCACAACCCUCCAAAGCUAAAAUGAGACUCGCUUCUUCCAUACUGGUGGCAGCAACUAUCGCAGUUGGUACUCUUGCCCACCUGCACAAUGUUGCAGUAUGCAUCACAGGUCGAACACUGUCUAAUCCAGGUGGCACCCCUUUCUCGCCAAGCAUGACCUACUACGAAGACUACGAAGUGCUCGUGGAAGCCACUAAGUGUGCAUGCGAGUACUACAGUAAUCGCAACACUGGCUUCAAGCAGUGGGACAGAUGCCCAGACUGCACCUUCGACCCGAACGAUGGAUACUGCCAUUCGGAAGCUUGGCACAUCGGUGGUGAUGAGAUGGAACAUUACUGCAUCAAGUACUGCGGUGCACAAGGAGCUGCGGCGAACUAAAGGAGAUAAUGAAAAGAAUUGGCAGUCAUAACACAGAAAUGGCCUGUAGAUGCUCAAUUUAGAGCGCGCAGAAAUCGUGCCAUACUUCGCUGUGCAACCUUGGCGUCAAGUUGACGGGGCAAACUGCAAACCAGUAGCCAUGGUGGAUCCUAAGAUCGGGACACGUCGCUGAGACCCAUUUCUGGCGAUGAAAGUUGGUACAGUUCGGGGCCUACUUGAUACUUUUUCGCCGACCAAAGGUGCUGCCUUGGCACCGCUUUAAAAUGUUUUCUUUCUCACGA